AUUAACCACCAAAGAUAUCGUUAUCCGUUUCUGAACGAUACAGACUCGAAAGUUUUGAGUUUCUCGUACUAAUGGCAUCUUCUUCUUCAACUCUGCUGCUUCCAUUAGGUAAAAGCCCAUUUGAUAGCUCUCAAGGGAUUUGUAGUAGGAGAUUUUCAAGUGGGGUUGUGAGAUGUUCUAAUUUGGAACUCAAGGCUUCAAAUUGUGAUGAAAUUAAGCUAAGUAAGAGAAGAAGGGAAGUGAUUGGAUUGAUGCUUGGAGCUUCAAGUCUGUUUGUUGAGUCAUUUGCAGCCAAUGGAGCUGGGUUGCCUCCUGAGGACAAGCCUAAGCUCUGUGAUGUUGCUUGUGAAAAGGAGCUUGAAAAUGUACCUAUGGUAACUACAGAAUCUGGUUUGCAGUACAAGGACAUCAAAGUUGGUAGGGGUCCUAGUCCGCCGGUUGGUUUUCAGGUGGCAGCUAAUUAUGUAGCCAUGGUUCCAUCUGGACAAAUAUUUGAUAGCUCUCUUGAGAAGGGUCAGGUUUAUAUUUUUCGAGUUGGCUCUGGUCAGGUGAUUAAGGGACUUGAUGAAGGCCUGCUGAGUAUGAAAGCAGGAGGAAAGCGACGACUCUACAUUCCGGGAUCAUUGGCAUUCCCCAAAGGUCUUACCUCAGCUCCAGGAAGGCCAAGGGUGGCUCCAAAUAGUCCGGUCAUCUUUGAUGUGAGCUUGGAAUACAUACCAGGUUUAGAAUUUGAUGAAGGAGAUGAAUAAUGAUACAAUUUCUUCUGCAUUUGCUUGCAAAAUAUAUAUACUUGACCAUAGAAUAAAGGGUCUUGGUAUAUAUGCAGCUGCAGCAACUCGAUAUGUCCCAACUAUUUUAUAUUUUUGGUUGAGCUGUUAAUAGCAUUUGAAAAGGCUAAUGCUAUAAAGUUAAUUAUUGCUCUUUUUUUCUCUGUAAUUAAAUUUGAUACAAGAGAUGAUGAUGAUGAUGAUGCUAUAUAGAUUUUCUUUCAUCA